UUGAGUUACUUAGUUGGUAUUCUGAAACCAAAAACCCGGAGUAUUACAGAGUUGGGUAGGUCUAUUCAGAGUAACUUAUACUCAGAGCUUGUUAACCCUACUUUAUAAAACGGGGCCCUGGGCAUAUUGUUGUUUUUAUACAGUGGACAGCAAUGGUCCAAUGUUGAGUAGAGAGUUACUGUCUAGCUAGCUAAUUAGAAAGUAACUACCUGCGGACUACACUACCCACAUUCCCCUGCUGGACCGUCCUCUUUCCCAAAACGUUGCUGUGUGAGUUCUGGUCGGAUUGAUUUACCAUCCGGAUCAUCAUGGAGGUGACUGCGGCGCGUCGCUCGUUUCUUUGCGACAUUGGUUCCUGGGCAGACCGUACGGCGUUGCAUGAGGCUGCGUCCCAGGGCCGGGCCCUCCAGCUGAAGCAGCUCAUAGAGAGCGGAGCCUCUGUCAACACCGUGACCACGGAUAACAGCACGCCGCUCCACGAAGCCUGCAUUCAGGCCCGUCCCAACUGCGCCCGCCUCCUGCUGGAGGCCGGAGCUCAGGUAGACAUCCGGACCAUCCACGGCAGCACACCUCUCUGCAAUGCCUGUGCUGCUGGCAGCCUGGAGUGUGCCCGGCUGCUCUUAGAGUACGGUGCCACAGUGAACCCUUCGCUCACGGCGCUGACUGCAUCUCCGCUCCAUGAGGCCUGCAUCCAGGGUAAUGCUGAGGUGGUGAAGCUGAUGAUAACCAGCGGAGCCAAGCUGGAAGCCUUCGAUGUUCACUUUGGUCCUCCGCUUCACAUAGCGUGUGUUAAAGGUCAAGUGGAGUGUGUCAAGGUGUUGCUGAAAGCAGGUGCCAAUGUGAAUUCAGUGAAUUUUCAUGAGACGGCUUUGCACCACGCCGCUCGAGCCCACAUGGUGGACAUGAUCGAGCUGUUGGUGGAAUUUGGAGCCAACGUGUUCGCCAGUGACAAUCUCGGAAAGAAGCCAUUGGACUACACGACGCCGGCCUCUCCCUCUUAUGCCUGCCUCCAGUUUUAUGAAAGUAAUCCUCUGAACCUUCAGCAGCUCUGCAGGAUUGUUUUGAGGAGGAUGCUGGGUACCAAAGCGUCAGACGUCAUGGACCAGCUGAACGUCUCUCGACGUAUCUACGACUACCUCCAGUUCUCUGACCACUGCUGAAUCUCUACUAUCCACUGAAAGUCUUUAAAAAAGUGUUUUAUACAACGGUAAUGUGUUAUGUACAUUUAUUGGGAUUCUUGUUAAAGGCGUGACAAAAAAACUUCAUAUAAAUGCACCAUUUAUAUCAAUAUUUCGCUCUCUAGAAACAUUUUUAAAAACUCAAAUUUUUGGGUGAGACAAUAAUUUUCUUAAAAUAAAUGUUCUGAAGGCUUUUUGUGAUUUUUAAUUCCUUUUUUAGGUGGGUGCAGGGAGUUUCUAGGAACUUAGAAAUGUAACGUAAACACUUUUUUAAGAUGU